AUGGCUGGCGAACCAAGGAGCGUCGCGGAUCUCGCGCGCUUCCGCAUGGAGGUCGCCGCAGGCAUGGGCGCGUCCAUCUUCGCGGCGGUGUUCAUCGUGCUCCUCAACAAGGCGCUCUUCGCCACCUACGGCUUCACCUUCCCGGUGACCCUGACGGGCUGGCACAUGGUCUUCACCUCCGCCACGCUGUGGACUGCGUGCAAGCUCAAGGUGAUCGAGUACAAGAAGAUGCCGCUCAGGGCGAACUUUUACUUCUCCCUGCUCGACUCCGUGACGAUGGGAUUCCAAAACCUGAGCCUGGGCAACAACAGCGUGUCGUUCUACCAGAUGUGCAAGCUCCUGGUGGCGCCGUGCACCGUCGCGAUCCAGAGGGUGUUCUUCGGCGAGAAGCUCCCGUCGCCCUCCGUCAUGCUCUCGCUGCUCGUUCUCCUCACCGGCAUCGGUUUUGCCACGGUCACGGACGUCCAGCUCAAUCCCCUGGGAACCUUCUUCGGGGUGAUGUCCACCGGCAUGGUCUGCGUAGUGUCCAUCCUGACCAACACCAUGCAAAAGGCUCACGACGUCAACUCUUUCCAGAUGCUCCUCAACGUCGCGCCGAUGGAGGGACUGAUGCUACUCGUUUUGGGCCCCAUCUGGGACCAAUGGGUGGUUGGUAAGAACGCGUACGUGGACUACCAGUGGACGUCAGAGGCGUUCAAGGCGGUGCUGGGAACGUGCGCGCUGGCGGUGCUCGUCAACGGCGCCACCUUUUUCCUCAUCGGCAAGACGAGCCCGGUGAGCUACCAAGUGAUGGGGCACCUCAAGACUGUGCUGGUGCUCGGCGGGGGUUACAUGUUCUUCGACUCGGAUGCGAGCGCGGCGUCGCUCUUCGGCGUGGGACUGGCGUUCACGGGAUGCAUCCUUUACGCGUACCUGAAGGAUAGGGAGAUGAAGAGGUCUCUCGCCGCGCAGCAGCAAUCCGGAGCAGGCGAAAAGUAA